AUGGCAACAUCAACAGGAGGCAAAGCCAAGUACAUAGUCGGGAGUACUCCAGGAACCGUCGCUAACAAGGAAUGGUGGAAGGCCACAGAUGAGAAGUUCCAGGCGUGGCCAAGAACCGCUGGACCUCCCGUCGUCAUGAAUCCUAUUAGCCGUCAGAAUUUCAUCGUCAAGUCUCGUCCAGAAUAA